UUGACCAUAAAUCUGAAUCAAACACUCUUCAUUAUUUUUUCAAUCUCCAGUCUCAAAUCUUUCAUCACAACUAAAUUAAGACCCGAUUCAUCAACAAUCUGACCAUAACCAAUGGCUGAACUCGUUCUUUCUGCCUUUCUCGGUGUGCUCUUUGAGAAGCUGGCCUCUGCAGCUUUGAAAAACAUUGCUAGCUACAAGGGAGUUGAUGCUGAGAUCAAGAAAUGGCAAAGAUCCUUAAAACAAAUCCAAGCUGUGCUUACUGAUGCUUCUCGCAAGGAGAUAACCAAUGAGUCUGUGAAACAAUGGCUCAAUGAUCUCCAGCAUUUGGCUUACGACAUAGAUGACGUACUCGAUGAUCUUGCAACCGAAGCUAUGCAUCGUGAGUUCACCCAUGACUCAGAAGCCAUCACCAGCAAGGUAAGAAAGCUGAUCCCAACCUGUUGCACAAAUUUCUCACAGAGUACUAGGAUGCAUGCCAAGUUAGAUAAGAUUACCACAAAAUUACAAGAUCUGGUUGAGGAGAAAGCUACUCUUGGUUUGAGGGUGGAAGGGGAAACUAAGAAAAAAAAUAAAAAUAGAGAAUUACAAACCUCUGUUGUCGAUGCGUCUAGUAUCGUUGGACGACAAGUUGAGGAAGAGGCAUUGGUCAGCCAAUUAUUAGCGGACGAACCAUGUGAUCAAAACUUUAGCAUUGUUCCCAUAGUUGGUAUGGGUGGGGUUGGAAAAACUACUUUGGCUACACUUUUGUAUAACAACCAACAAGUCACGGAUCACUUCGAACUCAAGGCAUGGGUGUGUGUCUCAGAUGAUUUUGAUAGCUUUGGUAUAAGCAAAGUUAUCUUUGAAUCUGUGGCCCAAGAAAACAAGAAAUUUGAAGAUUUCAAUCUGCUUCAAAUAGCUCUUAGAGAUCAACUGAGGGGGAAAAGAUUUUUAUUGGUGUUAGAUGAUGUGUGGAGUGAGAAGUAUGAGGAUUGGAAAACCUUAGUCGGCCCGUUUCAUGCAUGCGCUCCUGGAAGUAAAGUCGUCAUAACAACUAGGAAGGAGCAGUUACUCAACAAGUUGGGUUACAAUCGUCUAAACAAACUACAGUGCCUAUCACAUGAUGAUGCUAUGUCUUUGUUUGCUUUAAAUGCAUUAGGUGUGAAUAAAUUUAAUUCACAUUUGUCACUCAAACCACAUGCUGAGGGUAUUGUGAAAAAAUGUGAUGGCUUACCUUUGGCUUUGAUAUCACUUGGUAGAUCACUAAGGACAAAACAAGAUGAGGAAUCUUGGAGGGAAGUGUUAGAAAGUGAGAUAUGGAUGUCAAAAGACGAUGCAAUUGUCCCUGCCCUUAGACUAAGCUAUAGUGAUCUUUCUGCAAGUUUGAAGCAAUUGUUUGCAUACUGCUCCUUGUUCCCUAAGGAUUUCAUGUUUGGCAAGGAGGAAUUGGUUUUAUUAUGGGCAGCGGAAGGGUUUUUACACCGGUCAACUCCAAUCGACGCAACAAAAGAACGUUUAGGUCGUGAAUGCUUUAAUGAAUUGUUGUCAAGGUCAUUUUUUCAACCUGCACCUAAUAAUGAAUCAUUUUUUGUGAUGCAUGACCUGAUGAAUGACUUGGCGACUUCUGUUGCUAGCGAAUUUUUUGUAAGGUUAGAAAAUGAUAUGAAAAGGAAUAUUAGGAAGGAGAUGCUGGAAAAGUACCGCCAUAUGUCAUUUACACGUGAGGAAUAUGUAACUUACAAGAAGUUCGAGACGUUUAAAAUAGCUAAAAGUUUGAGAACAUUCUUGGCAACAUUUGAUGGUGUGAAAGAAAGUUGGCAGGAUUUCUACUUAUCAAGUAAGAUUUUGAUCGACUUACUUCCUGAGUUACCAAUGUUAAGAGUUUUAUCUCUAAGUGGUUUUUGUAUAAGAGAGGUACCACAGACCAUUGGUAGCUUGAGGCACUUAAGGUAUCUUAAUCUAUCUCGAACAGAAGUAACCCAUUUACCGGAAAAUGUUUGCAAUCUCUACAACUUAGAGACAUUGAUUGUACGGGGUUGUUAUUCGUUAGCUAAGUUGCCAAACAACUUCUUAAAGCUUAAAAACUUGCGGCAUCUUGACAUUAGGGGCACUCCGUUGUUGAAUCAGAUGCCUUUUGGAAUUUGUGAGUUGAAAAGCCUACAAACUCUUUCGAAAAUUGUUAUCGGAGGUGAAAGAGGAUUUCAAAUAACCAAACUUAAAGAAUUCACGAAUCUGUGUGGGAAAAUUUGCAUUGAAGGUUUGGACAAAGUGCAAAAUGCAAUUCAUGUUCGUGAGGCAAACUUUUCACAAAAGAGGCUUAGUGAACUAGAGGUUGUAUGGAGUGAUGAGCCAUAUGAUUCUCGAAAUGAAAUGCUUGAAAAGGAAGUCCUAAAUGAGCUAGAGCCUCGUAAUGAUAAGCUAAUACAGCUCAUUAUUAGAUCAUAUGGUGGCUUAGAGUUUCCAGAUUGGGUUGGGAAUCCUUUGUUUCUUCAUUUGAAGCAUGUGUCACUACGUGAUUGUAAAAGAUGUACCUCUCUACCCCCACUUGGGCAGCUACCUUUACUUAAGGAAUUGUUUAUUGAAGGCUUAGAUGAGGUGGAAGCUGUGGGUUUGGAGUUUCUUGGAACAAGUCGUGCAUUUUCUUCACUUGAAAUUCUAAGUUUCAAGCAUAUGCAUGAGUGGAAGAAAUGGUCAACCAGUAGAGGGGUUGUGUUUCCAUCAUUGAAUGUUCUGAAAAUAUGUGAUUGCCCCAGUUUGGUUGAAGUCACACUUGAAACACUACCUUCAGUGAAUGUUCUAGAAAUAACUAAAUGUGAUAGUGGUCUGUUAAGAAGGCUUAUUGAAAUAGCUUCAGCAGUCACUAAGUUGAACAUAGAAUCUAUUACAGGGCUUAAUGAUGUGGUUUGGAGAGGUGUUAUAAGGUAUCUUGGUGCAGUUGAAGAAUUACAGAUAUGGAUGUGUAGUGAAAUAAGACACUUGUGGGAAUCAGAAGUUGUUGCGAGUAAGGUUCUUGUGAAGCUAAGGAGAUUGGAUGUGUUUCUGUGUGAUAACUUGGUGAGUUUAGGAGAGACCGAGGAGGAGGAUAAUUGUAGGAGCAACCUCUGGACAUCUGUUAGGAAUUUAAAAGUAUCUAAUUGUAGGAAUAUGGAGCGUUUAAUAUGUCCAGAUAGCAUUCAGGUGUUGAGUUUGUGGGGUUGUAAAUCAGUUACAGUUUUAUCCUUUCCAAAAGAAGGACAAAAGCUUAAGACAGUUGACAUUUGGGAUUGUAAUGAAUUAUUGGAAAGAGAGUGGGGAGGACAAAAUAUGAACAACAACAAUAGAAGCAGCAUGCCGAUGCUUGAAAAUAUACUGAUAGAAGGUUGGACGAAUCUGAAAUCAAUCAAGAAUCUGAAUUACUUGGUUCACCUCACCAAAUUGUCAAUAGUGAAUUGUGAAAAUCUGGAAUCAUUUCCUGAUAAUGAGUUGUCCGAUUUGACAUUGUUAAAGGAUCUAAGGAUAAUAGAUUGUCCAAGUAUGGAUGCUUCAUUUCCUUGUGGAAUUUGGCCUCCCAAACUGCAAUCCUUAGGCAUUGGGAUGUUGAAGAAGUCCAUCUCAGAUUGGACCCCACAGAAUUUUCCAACCUCACUUGCGGAACUUAUCUUAGUCGGUGACGAUGGAGUGAAUAGUUGCAGUCAGUUUUCCCAUCUUCUUCCUUCAUCUCUUACUUCUCUCCAUAUACAUAGAUUUGAGAAACUGGAAUCACUUUCAAUGGGACUCCAACACCUCCAAUGUCUCUCUUUUGACAAUUGCCCAAAUCUGAACAAAUUAUCUCAUCCCCAUCCCCAAAACCUCACUAGCCUUCAACAUCUCUAUUUUUCUAAUUGCGCAAACAUGAUGGAUCUACCAGAAGUGCUGCUGCCUUCACUUUUGAGGUUAGAAAUUAGUGAUUGCCCAGGUCUGAAAGAAAGAUGCAGUAAAAGAGGUUGUUACUGGCCCCUCGUCUCCCAUAUCCCCUGUUUGAAGUUAAGAUAAAGGCUCACUUGCGACAGGAUGCAUUUUACUAGCGAUUUUUAACGGUGUAUGUCGGCAAUGACAAAAGAUGAUGUUUUGGUGUAUUAUGCGGUGGAUAAAAAGCCAUGUAAAUAGAAAGAUAGCUGCAGAUUAUGAUGUUGGUUUCUUAUUUGUGGAUACCUAUUAAUGAAUUGCACAUCAUUGGUGGUCGUUGUACGUUGCGAUUUCAGCCUUCUAGCAUAAACAAACAGGAUGAGUCUGGAAUCAUUUCCUGAUAAUGAGUUGUCCAAUGUGACAUUGAUAAUGGAUGCUUCUUUUCCUCGUGGAA